AUGGGCUGCCUCCCCUGCACAAACCUCCAGCCCGAGGUGCAACAUUUAAACGCCUGCUAUCCACCCUCCAAAGCCCUCCUCACCGCCGGCCCAGAAUUCCGUCCCCUCGCUCAAGACCUCUCCAAACUCACCUACUUUGCUACCAACAAACCCUCCAAACUCGCCAAAAUCGGCGAGGAGCUUGAAAAACGGGUCAUCAAGGAGAGCCAGCGGUCUUCGCAGGGGUACCCCAAAUAUAGGGCAUCCUUGCUCAUCAGCUUGGCUGUCUUGCGAGCCUUGCUGACAGAGUGUAAGCGAGAUAUUGCGCUGUUUGCGCGUCCCGCUUUGAGGAUCAUUGAUACUUGCUUGGGCGUCAAAGGUUAUCAGCAAGGGAGUUUGGAUCUUGAAGUGGUUGGAAGGGCGACAGCGAGCUUUAUCGCAUUCACCACAUACACCGAUGGUUCUCAGAUAGGGGCAGAUGAUGCCCUUACCAAGACCUACCUCAACAUCCUCCGAAAAUACGCCAGUAUGGCUACCACUUCCUCUACGACAAACUCUGAGAAGCCCGACCUCGAGCAGCAGAACCGUACCAGGCUCAUCGCUCUGGCUGCUCUCAACGGCGCAAUCACCUCCGACGCCAUCUUCUCCUCCUCCCGCGACUUCUCUCUCCAAUCCGCCAUCCUCAUCCCGCCCCUCUUGCAGAACGCAUUCGAAGAACCAAUCCACCAGCUCAAACAAGAGACCGCCAAAAUCGAAAUGGACGCCAGUCCUUCGCCGUUCUUUAGCGAGUUUGCAACCACCAAGGGUCCUGUUGCACAUAGGAGAGCCCCGAGUCUGCAUGCGCAUAUUCCCGGGGAGAAGGGCCCGAGUGGGGCGGAUGUGCUUUCGGCUGCUUUACGUUCUUUCCACGCGUUGGUGCGGCAGUGCAACGUCGCUCAAGCUUCUCUCGUCAUUGACCGCGCGGGGGAGUACUUGGACAAGACGAAUGGAUGGCAAGACUCCGAGAGGUGCUGCUGGCUUUCCGAGCGGUUGACUGCCUGUAUCACUCUCCAAUAUCGAUUUGUCGUCCCAACCCGGCUCGUCGAGGUUUUGGUCGACCUUCAGGAUACCGCUCCCUCUCCAAAACACACUUCUGCUCUGGCAAUGAUCUCCACCAUCCUCACCUCUACCACUUCCCUCAUCGGGCUCGGCGUUUCCGACCUCCUCCAAAACUUCAUCUCUCUCAUUAUCCGCCGCAUCCAUCUCUCUCCUCUUGAUGCCCUCUUACCGCCGCUCGUACAGUGCGUCGGCAGUCUCGGGACGCAUAUCUACUAUGCCGACCAGAUCAACGAUAUCGUUGAAGAGCUUGCGGCCAGGAUCAGUGAACUGCCUCUGCACGACAAGGCGAGGGGCGAGAUUAUCAGGGUCCUGGUGGCUUGUAUCACCGGGGUGAUGCUUGUGGCGGAUGCGGCCGAUGACCAGGCAGAAGAGAAGGUCAACGGCCAGUCUAACGGAGAUGUGGUACAGCCCGGUUCCCCUAGCAAGGGCAAAUCCCCUGCUCCUCCGGUUGAAACACCCCUCCCUACCCCUCUAUUCGAGCGCCCAAGACCGGUCUACCAUCCGUCCCGCCGUAACCCUAUUUCGCCAGAAGUAUGGCAGGAAACCCUUCCUCUGCUUUGUGAGGCCGACUAUGGCGUUCGAGCAGCUUAUGCGCGAGCGUUGAUACUGUUUAUCGAGACUGAAUUGCCUCGCGGGCGUAUACCGGGCAAGGCAGGCGAGCCUGGGACUGCCAUCAAACGCCCUCAGAGCGACGCUGCUACCGUCCGGUUCUGCAAUGCUCUCAAUGCUGCAGUGUACACGCUGGUGAUCAGUAGCUGUCUCGGUCCAGAGGGAGAUGGGGAGAGUACCGUUGGAGGGGGUACGAUGCCCGCGACUGCGCUGGGCUCGCCCGAGGUCGGUACAAGCGGUCUGGCCGCGACUGAGCUUCAAGGGCAUGAGAAGGAGUCGUCAGGUGGCUCUGCUUCUGGGCGAGCAACGCCUAAAGGCGAGAGAGGUGUGUCCUUCAAGUUCCAACCCUCGGAAGACAACUCUGCCAACACCGGCACGUCGACGCCACCCAAGAAGGCCCUCAAGCCCCGCAGGGUCUCUCUUCCGAUGACUCGUCUUCAGUCAUCCAACAACCUCUCCAUCUUUUCUCAUGUUGCCACACCUCUCGACUUUUCUGCUGCGCUGCGUAUUCUCGACGCUAUCCAUGUCGCGUGCCCCGUACAGGCUCUGAUCAGCGGAGUGCCAAUGUUGCUUGCGCUCGAUGAGGAUGCGGGUAGGGAGCUUGUUAGGCGUUCGGGAGACGGAAGGGCUGGUGCAUGGGUCCUGGAGAGAAAGAGGGCGGUGAGGGAAAUGGUCGGGUUGGUUUGGAGGAGAAUCGGAGAGAGAUGGGGAAUGGGAUCAGUGGAGCAGUUGGCUAAUGAAGCUCUGUCCCUUCUGCCGGAACCAUUCUUGAUUCCAGCAUACCCAGCCCCUCCCAGUCCUCCCACUCUCUUGACCGCCCCAGACCAGCCCACCGCUUUCAUCCCUCAUGCUCGCGAGGGCGAAUCAUCUGCUACCGCCAAGCCCCUCCUCGACCCCACAGUCUUGCUGGGGGCAUUGAGCAGGGCGGAAGUCGUGCAGGGUGCUACGGGAUGGACUGGGGGACAGACGGAGAGGGUGCUCGGUGCGAGAUGGAAUGUGGAGAGGGCAAUCCGAGAGUCUGUGGAGAGGUUUUCGUCUGCCAAUGUCCGACCGGACGAUGAUUCGCACUAUACCGCUGCCGCCUCUCUGCUCAUGAACAUGAAUAAUGCAAGCUAUCAGAGUGUCAAUGGUAGGCGCGUGUCAAGGGCCAUCGAUGUGACGGAUCUGAGGGACGCACUUGGCGGCCGCGCGGAUAUCAUCACCUCUUCAAACGCGCCUUCUGUCAACUCGUACGACGGCUCAUAUCAAUCCCACUCUCAGCAGACUACUUCCACCGCCAACGGCACUGCUCAUCCCGCUUCCCAAGUCGGCGCUGCUGCUGCGGGCGGUGCAGCUGGCAGACCGUUAAGCGGUCACGGGCAAAAAAGACCAGCAAGGGAGGCAGACGUCAAAGAGGUGCUGAAGGACAUCUUCAGGGACAAGAGGAAACAUGCUCGCGCUCGAAAUGGGCUCAGUCCGGAGCCCGGGGCAGGUGGCGUGACUGCUGAGCCCGAGCUGGCUGGCCAAGGGCAAGGUGAAGUGCAGAAUACUGCUGGGAUGGCGAAUGGGCUUGGAGCGAGCGAGCCGGAGCAAAAUGAGUCUGCCAAAGUUCCUAUAACGAGCAACGGGCCUCUGGACCUUUCGCUCGGCAAGCCUCUGAACUAG